AUGGCCUCCUCGUCGCUCUCCUACGUCCUCAUCCUUUCCGUUCUCUUCGCCGUAUGCACUCCCAAAAGUACGACUGACGGUAAGUUAUUCUGAAGUGGACGCCUUGUUUUCUGAAUCUUCUGAAUUCCAGUUGAAGUCGUCGGUCCGUGCGUGAACAGCCACUGUCCUCACACGUACUUCUGCCAACAGGACGAGUGCAUUCGUGAGCGACGUGAGUGAUUCCCCCGGCGUUUUCUCCCCCUUCUCAAUUUGAGAUUUCAGCGAAAGCCCGUCCGGGGACCGUCUCCAUCGGCCCCUGCAUCAACACCCAAUGCCCGGUCGGCCAUUUCUGCGUGAACAACGAGAACCAGUGCUAUCCCUCGAAAUGA